AGUUCUUCAAAAUGGCGGCCGUCGUGAAUGUUCUGAGAUCAAGAAGUGCGAUCUUUUCAGGUGAUUUCUACGUGUCUUUUAUAAAAUAAGUCAAUGAUUGAGGUUUAUUGAUGCAAUUCACUGAUGUAUAGGAAGUUUAAACAUUCAUUGGCCAUUGAUCAUCUUCCUGACAUUUUGUAGCCCGUGAUGAGACCUGGGCUGCUAAUCUAUUUGAGGGUGGAGAUUAAGGAGAGUGGUUGGCGGAUUUGAGGUCCUGUCACCCUUGUAGAACUGUAGUAAGGGUGAUGAUAGAAAACAGAGAUGCUAACCUCUGGAGAUCUAAAAUCUGCGCUCCCUCUCCUAACAUUAACCAUGUACCCCUUCUUACCUCCCCGUCAGAACAUGCCAUUUUUUAUCUGCAUGCCCCCCCCCCCACCACUAUGGAAGGCAUAGUUUAAUAAUGUCUAGAAGGACCCUGUUGGAAUCUCACAUUUUUACUACAUUAAAGGGUUUUGGAAUUAGCAUUUGACCUAAGGGUCAUUGGAACAUUUUUACUGCACGGCCUGUGGGAAUCAGAGAUCUAAAUCAAGACCUGAGGGAACCCUGCCCUCCAUACUGUGUGGUGAGAUAAGGGAUCUGUAGCAAUCAUAAUUUAAGAGAUAAGGGCCUGUUGGAAUCAUGCCUUUCAUUGAGGGGGGAGGAGGUGCGGAUAAAAAAUGCAAUGUCCCCUAAGACACAGUCCCCCACAUGGAUGUGGCUUAGGACAUUAAUUGAUACAAAGUCUUACAUUUGUAGAGACCACCAAAAUUUGCUUUGUUUGUCAAAAAGUCUUUACAGGAUGUAUGAUAAAAUAUUUGAAAAUCUGCCAUUGAAAUGUUACUACAUGUGUCAGAUGGCCAAACAUGGUCAAGGUGCAGGCAAGUCAUCUUGUAACUACAUGCAUGUAGUGUGACAUGUAGUGUGACAUGUACAUGCAUGUAGUGUGACAACUGCUUUGCUGGAAUUGGAAUUCAAGGUUUUUAAAGUCCUAUCACCUUUUACAGUGUAGGUGCUUUUGGAACAAGGGUAUUUGAGGUGUGCGGGGGUGAAGAGCAAUCAUUUGUGCAAGCCAUCAGUAAUGGGAUGUUGCAAUAUAAUACUACACUCCCAUAUCCUUUCAACAUCUCCUAACCCAUUUUAUUUCCAAACAUCUGUAAACAAAAGUCCCAUGUAUUAUCAUUUAUAAGUAAUGUUUCUUUUUUAUGGUGCUUAAUUUCAUUUUGUAUUGAGCAUAAUUUUCAAUUUCUUGUCUCAAAAUGAAAAUUAAUUUAUAAACAGUCAAAAAAGGCAUCAUUUUAUGUAUAAUUUAUAAUAAUAUACCUUUUGCAGUUACUCAUAUGAUUGAAAAUGGAUACAUGUAUUGGUUUCCUACAAAACAAAAACCCAUGAUGGUAAGAAUUACUUUUUAAUAAAGAUACCAGCUAGGUUAGAGGGUUUUCUAGCUACAACCAGUUGCAAAAAUGAUGAGACACUCCCCCGGAAAAACGACCUUUCUUGCUUCAAAUCGCUCCUGGUCACAGGUCUGUAAAAUAUAAUACUGACCUCCCUCCUCCCUCCCAUUCAAAGUUGUUCCUCCAAGUUUUGAUUAUGGUCUUGUAUUGCUAGCAACUUUGAUAAGGGGUGGAGGGGGGAUCACAAGCACAAGAUCAUGGACAGGCCAUUUAUGCCAAAAUACGGUACAGUGUCUCAAGUACUUUUGCAACUGGUUGUCUCAUUUAAGGCUUACUUCAACAAGCGAUUUCCAAGUCUUAAAUUCCCAAAACGAAGACUAUAGCGACAUAAAGAAAUAGAAUGGCACUUUGUGUUGCUUUUCCGAGCCGAUACAUCAUUGUCAUUGAUAGCAAACUGCCUUAAAGAGCGCUUAAGAAUGUAGUGACUUGUAAAUUUUGCCUCAGUUUUGUUGUGACGCAUGCGCCGUUAUCUACCGUGACAUAGCUUAAAGUUUCGGCGUUGUAAUUAAACUCUGAGAAGCACGAAUGCAUAAUAACAGCAUAAUUUUCCUUUUCUUGGUAUUUAGAGAUGCUAUAGUUGCGAAUAAAGCUGCCAAACCUUCAUUUUCACCCCUGUAUCUGUAACGCAAUGACAUUUGAUAUGCAAUGGCGUUAUGUCAUCGGUAUACCGCGUGACUUUUUUGUCAGCAUCGCUGUUAAAGUAAAACCGUUCAGUUUUUUUCAUCUACUACGGUGAAAAUAAGAUGGUUAUUAAAGUCCGUUAGAGCUAGAGAGCAGAAAAAGUUGUGUGCUAUGUUAAUUUCUAUUUUCUGACGGUCUACCAUCAUCCACGGUCUACCAUUCUGCAACAGUAAGAAAUAGAAUAUAUUAAUAUAUUUAUCUCAUAUGAUGGUAGACCGUGUAGACCGUGUAGACCGUUGAAGCACGUAAAUUGCUGACAUUGCUGUGCUGGAAAAUUGCUUUUCUUGGGGAUAGUGUCUUCCUUUUUGCAAAGAAAUUAAUUUCCUUACCAAGUACAGAACUACAAAGCCACGUUAUAUGCGAGCUCUCGCGACUAUGUUACUGAAAUACGCGCGUGAAUUUUCAUUAUCUGAUGCCUAGCCACACUCGGGCUUUAAAAUCGAAACAAAGUCGUAAGACGACCAAAGAGUAAACACAAAUCCAAACUUGUGUUAAGUAAAGUAAAGUCGACAACAGCUGCUUUUUAGCGUAACUUUUCUUUCCUGUAAAUGGCAGGCGAUAAAAGAGGAACCACGUCCACGUACUUAUCGGAAACAACAACAAAAAGCUAUCUCCUUGAUCUAGCGGGGCAUCUUACGUCACUUUCCUUCCAUAAAUAAACAUCUUUUAACCGAGUUCGAAGAAAAUAUAUUAUUUUUCGCAUCUCUGUAGCGUUUUAGGACCAAAAACCCCUUUCGUUACAGCUUACUUAAGAUGGUGUGGCAUCUUUUGCCACGUGCUUCCUUUAAAAGCCCAAUUUCUCGCAUAUUACCACAUAAACAAAAGGGCCAACAACUGCCGUUUUUGUCUCGCCAUUUUUAAACAGGCAAACCGACAAAAAUGAAAUACUGUUUUUUAUAACCACCUCCUUAGGUGCUAAGAGUGCACCACGUUUUACCCCGUUUAAUAAUCGUGCACCACGGCUAUAGGGGUAUGAAGGACUCAGACAACCAGUUGCAAAAAUGAUGAGACACUCCCCCGGAAAAACGACCUUUCUUGCUUCAAAUCGCUCCUGGUCACAGGUCUGUAAAAUAUAAUACUGACCUCCCUCCUCCCUCCCAUUCAAAGUUGUUCCUCCAAGUUUUGAUUAUGGUCUUGUAUUGCUAGCAACUUUGAUAAGGGGUGGAGGGGGGAUCACAAGCACAAGAUCAUGGACAGGCCAUUUAUGCCAAAAUACGGUACAGUGUCUCAAGUACUUUUGCAACUGGUUGUAGUAUUAGGACUAUUUCAAAGGUUCCCUGUGGAGUGGUCCCACCAAAAAAACUUAACUUGUUGAAAUCCUAUUAUCUUUGCAGGCUAACAAUGAAAAAAAAGUAUGUGUUUGCCUCUUCCAAGAACUGUGUAGCCUUAACUUGUUUCCUACCAAACAUACACUAUAUAGUCCCUUCAAAAAAGUGAUUAUGGCCAGUGUUCUGAAAGAAAUGUUUCCCUAAAAUUGGUUCCUGGUAAUCGACAAUAUAAGACUGCUUUAUCUUUUAUACUUCUUAAGUUGUCUUUGAGAGGUAUCCACAGAUAACAGGACUGUGUGCUUUGAAAGUGUUAACAGGGGAGUGUAUAUUUUUGCACUUUCACUCAUCCUUAAGACAUGAUCAGAAAGCUGACACUUUUUUUUUUUACAUUCUAAAUCAGUAAAACAGUUACAUGUGCACUUCACUAUCUUUUCCUUCACCAUAGAAAGAGUUCUUCAGAUGUGUUAGCAAUUCCAGGUCUGCUGAUAAAACAGAUGAUGAGCAAAACUUAACAGAUGUUCACACAAAUGCUGGACCAGAGGUUGAUCUCGGAGAACUUGACCCAGUGAGUGUAUUAAUAUGGAAUUUGACAUUACUAUAAGUUUAAAUUAUUGCUUUGACUUAGGCUAAGUUACAAAUACCUGUUUACAGUGUGACUUUAUACAAUAUCAACUAUGUUGUAAUUAUGUUUUGUCGUUGCUGUUGUUUUUGUUUUUACCAGGCCCUUCACACAGUGUCCAAUGUUGGUCAAUUCUACACCGUCCCUAAGGAAAUUUCAAAGAAAGUUCUUUCUCCUUUCCUGACUAAGAAGUUUAAGUCACAGGUACAGUGCUUAGAAGUGAAUGGCAACCAUGACAACUCCAUAAGCAGUGACUAAGAGUACCUGGUACCAUCGCUCACCAUUAGAGCAUAAAGAAUAAAAUAACACAUUCAUGGUGGGUUAACCCUUUAGCUCCCAAGAGUGACCAACAUCAAUUUUCUCCUAAAUUUUAUCAAUAUGUAAUCAACAGAAAAGCAUAUAUGCCAACUCUCCCGGAUACAGCACCGAUCUCCCACAUAAAAUUGACUUUAAGUUUUGAGUAUUUCUGUGCUUUAGUUUGAAAUUUAGCCCCUUUUUUCCAAAAUAGUAUGGUUUCUGGGGCGUUUUUGCAUGUAUUAGUCACCGACUGUAUUCAUGUAAGGCUUUGUAUAAUGUCCUAAGCCAUUCCCAUGACUGUCAUAAUUUUAAGGGCUGGAUCAAUUUCUGGGGUUGGGUGGUUAGGGGGGUCUGAGGUGGGGAUUUGUUGACAUUCGGGGGGGAUAGUGCAAGAGAUAGAGUCUCCAGUUUUUAGACCUCAGGAGGUUGGCAUCUGUGGAAAAGGUCUUGAGAAUUAAUAAACUGAUCACCAAGUGGAAAUGCUUUGAUCUUUUAACAACCUCUCUCAACUAAUUUUUUAAGGAAAUAUAUAGAGAACAGUCUGGAGAAUAUCUAUGUAGAUAUUGGAGCUUAAAGGGUUAAGAUACUAAAUUCUUACUGAGAGGGUGAGAUGCGCAGAGAGCAAUGUAAUAGCGUGGAAGACGUUUUCCACAUGUAGUAAUACAAGCCAAGUGGCAUGUAAUCUAAAAAGGAUAACAGUUAUCCUUUUAUCCUUAACCACAGAGACUGUAUUCAGUGAGGAGUUAACUUGAUGCAAACCCAGUAAAUAAUAAAUAUUUCUUGCUCUCCCUGUAUCAGUGUGACAUGAUGGGAAGCACAAGUUUAAUGAUACGAAAGCCUGCCCUGGAGGUUCUACAUCACCUGAAAGCAAUUUCACAAGACACACAUCCACCACCUAAAUUUAUUUUUUGUAUCCUUUAUUCCAACCUCCAUCUACACCAUAAAUAUGCUUCCCUUUUAUUCUUGCAGUGUGCUUCUUGUUGUCACAGCUUUGCUACUCAGCUUCUUAGUUUAACCCAGUCUUUACCUUAGAAUAAGCCAGCAACACUCCAGUGUACUUUUAAAAGUGUACCGGUAGCUUGUUUUCCCAUACAGUCAACUCUUGUUACUGCACAUGCCCUUCGGCUUAGAACCAUGAGUUGCUAUGCUUAUCAGUGAAAGUAGCUUACUAGCUUCUUCAAAAUUCCAGUAAAAAUAAAGUUUAUGUUGUUGUUGAAGUGAGAAUGCCAGACUCACAAAUAUUUCACGGUUUUUAAGAUAAUUAGUGACUUUAGUCUCAAUGUAGGCAUCAGCACCAUUUGUUCUUUUCAUCCCUUUAUCAAAAUGCAACUUUUCAUCACCUGCAUUUUCAUCAUUGUCACCAUUGCCAUCAUCAUCAACAUCAUCAUCAUCAUCAUCAGGGCAAUUUUAGUGGCCCAAAUUCCAACAAAAAUAUUUUAGACAUAGUGAAGAAUACUUUAAAAUUUGUUUCUUGAAUCAACUGUGUCUUGAUGAAAAUGUUUCUUUCCUUCUCCUCUCCAAUUUGCUGUUGCAUUUGCAUCACUGGUGACUAGGCAAUCAACAGAGGUUGGGUUUGGCUGACUUUUUGUCCCAAGUAUAUAUGUACACUCAGCUGAUGCAAUGCAUUUAAAGGUUGCUUUGGGCAUUGCGAAUUGUACUCCAGGAAGCUACUGUUUGGCAGUCACUCAAGCAAAUCAUUGCAGUGACUUCCCUAUGCCCAAAUGCCUGAUGUACAAUUUCCAAUGCCCAAAGCAACCUUUAAUGAAUAAUCUAUAUACAUGUACCACGAACUGCACUUUCAAAGUAUCGCUUUUGAGUGAGUUUGGCUAACAUUAUAGGAAAAAUCUAGGAGAAGCUAACAUCCUGUGGUUGGUUUGGUUUUCGUAUUAUUCUUAACAUGACUUGAUAACAGAUGGCAUGGAUGGAUGUGGUAAAUCUUCAUCCCUUGCUCAUGUUAUUCACUAUUGUUAUUCUGCUGGCUGGUUUAUUCUUCCUGUACCCAGUGGUAAGUUUUGACUACAGUAAUAAUGUGAUGUCUCCCUCCCCCGGCAGGAAACAGGGAGUCCAACUUCCUGCCUCCCAUACAUUGUAUUCACUAUUAUUAUUUUGCUGGCUGGUUUAUUCUUCCAGUACCCAGUGGUACGUUUUAGCUAACAAUGUGAUACCCUUGGGCAGGAGACAGGGGAGUCCAAACCUCCUGCUUCCACUACUUUGCGUUCCCUUCUCCCACCCCUUUUAUCUUUUUUAUUUUCUUUCCCUUUUUCAAUUGCAAAAUACUAAGCAUUGUUGGGACCAAUUCAGGUUUAACUGCCCACCUACCCCUCCCCUAAGCCAACAUUAUCACUUACUUUUCUCUUAGGAAAAAAUGUUGGCUUAGGGGAGGAAGCUUAAAUUGAUCCCAUUGUUGCAUAAAUUCCCCUAUUUAUCCUGCUUUGCACCCAUUUAGAACUCUUACCUCAGUCCCACUCUUUUCUUUGUAAACACCAAAGAGACCACCAGUUGUUUGAAGCAUUGCUACUUCUAUAUUUGUAAACAAGAAGUGUUUUGUCGCUUUUUAUUGUGAUUUCAUUGCAGUAUUUAGCUGGGUACAUGGAAAAUCCGAAUUGCAGAUGUCAACGUUUCAUGCAGGAAGAUUUGACCAACCACAACAAGCUUCUACCUGGCUUCAAAUAUGUCGGACGAUCAACAGCAAGAUUUUCUCAGAGGUGAAUUAAAACUGAGUAACAGUACGUAUACAACGAAACAGUCUUAAAUAAUAUGUAGCGAACAGUAAGCGAACUCGACAAAUAGCGAAACCGGCUGUUACUGUGUCUAUAUUUGGAUGACUUUGUGAGUUACGGAACUAGAGCGGUUUUCAUUUGAGUGUCGAAAAGUAAUUGGUUUUGCACUUUCUACACGAUGCGAUUGGCUUAAAAGACUCGCGCCACCUUUUCAUCCAAUCAGAAGUAAAACCAAAGCCAAUUGUGACGCGCUCGCAUGCAUUUUCCCGCGCUUUGUGUCAGCCACAUGUAAUUACUUCGAGUUUUGAUUGGUUCAAUGUAUUGUCUGUGUCCUAUGUGAUUGGCCAGAGUAAUUACUGUGGUUUUGGUUUUACGACACUCAAACGAAAACCACUCUAUCAUUAUUUUUUUAGCUGAAGACAAGCCAGAAAUACCACUUUGGAAAGCGAGACUCAACUGAAGCUGGAGAUCCAUUAGCAAGAGUAAUAGAUCUGGUAAAGAACAGAUGCUUGUUAUCCCCCCUCCCCCUUAAUUACGAUAGCGCGGGAUCAGUUACUAGAAAAACAACGCUCAUAUUAAUUUGACGCCAUAAAGUGGCUUUAGGUUAGUCACUGUACGGUUCAAGCACAGCCUGAUUUCCAUGUCACGAUUGUUAUAGUCGUUGCAAUCACUCGGGGAUCUCAGCUAUUGAACUGGAAACAGCUCUUCAGUAAUCGUUGCGAAAAUAAUUGCUGAUAGUAGACGUAGGUCCAUUUACUGUCUUUGACAGAAUCAUCAAUCCAAGAACCGGCCAUUGUUCUUACUGAGUCGUUGCUUUUGGUUUUAAUAACUGCUGGAUCUUGAUUAUAGACGAUUGCCUGAGUUUGAAUUGCAUUUAGAUGUAGUACCUCUGCAUGAAUUAAGUUUGUUUGCAGUGCCACCGCUUGCAGGAAUUUUUAUUUUCAGACAAGUUACCCUUGCAAAUUUUUUUUUUCUGGAAUUGUCACCCCACUUUCGGUUAUUUCUAAUGGUCCACCCUUAAGAACACAAGACAAUGACCCGGCAUGGCCUGAACAUGGACUUCCUGAUGCGCAGUCCAAAGCACUAAAUCUGGGCUACCUCUCUUUUUCACAAACAUCGUUGAAACAUUGUCCAAAUCUGAAUCGGCUCUUUACUUCUAUUCCAUGUAGGGUCUUCAGAGAGGUAAUUACGCGACAGAUGCUGUUGGAGUCUUACUCAAGGAAAUAAAAAAUAAUACCAGGUACUGUGAACUUGGACCGCAUUAUCUCCACGCUCUUUUCUACUUAGAUAGGGUGGGAAAUCGAAUCAGCUUACUGACUCUUCAGUUUGAUUUUCGUCGGAUUCUUUGGCUGUAAUCGCGGCCAUUCUCUUGGCGUUUGAUGCUGUUGGGUUGCACUGUUACCUCCCGAACACGUUACUGAAGAGAGAUUGUUCGAUCCGAGUACGGAACGAAAUUUUAAACUUGUGUGAAACAAUUCAAAUCUUGCCAUAUAUCCACCUGCUUCCAAUUUGGGACAUAUUCCGGGCAUUUUUUUGCAUUGAAAAGCUGUUCCCCGGGGCCUUUAAAACCCUUUUUUGUUUUCCUGUCUUGUUGAUUUUAUGUGAAAUCUGUUUGUUUAUUUGUUAUUUAUUUGUUUUUGCAGUUUACGAGUGCUUUUUGCUGUCAACGAGUUUAAUGGAUUUUUCCUGAAAACUUCCUUCAUGGAUGCUAAGCAAAAAUAUGUAUGCCUUCACUUAGCAGUUUUUAUUAUCUAAUCAUUUCUUUUUUCAAUACCCGCUUCUACCCGCCUUGCUAUUGUUUCGCAAUGUUCAUAUUCUGUAAGGUUAGAACUAUUUGUUUUCGUCUUGUCCACCGUAAAUCAAAAGGAGUUGUGAUGACAAAUUCUGCCAUAUUCUUAAUACAAUGGAGCAAUCAAAUUCUUUACUAAGCAAAAAUCAAUCAGCUAACUGGCAAGCAUAACAAUGAAGCGUGAUAGAACUCUGAUUGCUACCAAACGCGUGGAUGUUGCGUUUCUCUGUUAUUUUUUGCAAAGUAACGGCGUAAAACAAAGAGAAAUUCAAGCUUUGCGAAAACACGAACACACUACAGUUGUUUUUCAUGUUACUGGUGGUUGUCUCGUGUUUGCUUAAGGCCUCUGAGUUUGACAGAGAAGCAAAAAGUUAGCGCAAAACCGUUGGAUCAAUUUAGGUUUCGGGGAAACUGCCCACCUACCCCUCCCGUAAGUUAACAUUAACACUUACUUCUCGCUUAGGGCAAAAUGUUGGCUCAGGGGAGGGGUAGGUGGGCAGUUUCCCAGAAACCCAAAUUGCUCCAAACAUUGUUUUAAAAAAAGUAAAGUUCUUUGUGUUUUCAUUGAUCGAUUGAUUCAUUGAUUGAUUGUUUGUUUGUUUGUUUGAUUGAUUGAUUUCAGAUAAAACCCGAGAGGCUUAGUUUAGUGCAUCACUUUACAGAACUGUUAGAUCCUUCUGAAGGUUUGGUAAGUAACCCAAACGCAUUUUUUUAAAAGUUGCUAAGCUUAAUCUUUUUCCUACGAAAAAGGUUAGUCGUUCAGCCCAGACAAAAUGCUUGUUUGUUUUUGAGAUACCAGUAGUUACCUGAAGUCUUAUGCAACUCUGGUAUCAGCCUGAGUUUCAGCUGUCAGUCUAAUACGCAUCACGUUCUUUUGAGUCUUCGUCUUCAUUCAUUCUAAUAUUUAAUCCCUUGCAGAAACGCGGAGCAAUGGUGUUUGCGUUAUCGCGCACAGGAAUGGAAAGAACCUACACAAAGUCUUGCGAGAUUGCAGAUCUUCUUGAAGAGGUGACACACAAAAUCCUAUCAAUUCAUUCUAUAUUUCUAAUAAAGCGAUUUUCAUCUGAUGCCAAAGAAGUUUGUUGAAUACUUUGCAUUGGCGUUGCUACCCUAUGCACUUGCUUGAAAAUCUUGCACCUCUUUCUCGCCUUGUUUAGUUUCAUGCUUUUAAGUAACAAGCCAAGCUACGGCUUGAUUUGAACGAUUUGACAUCUUUGCGAUGUGUUUUGGUGGGUCACACAAAAUGGAGAACAAGUUUUAAAAAUUUCAGAUAAUUUUGGACGCGGAGUUAGGGCCUGUUUACAUGGAGUUGAGGGACUCUAGGUUGAGGAGGGCUGGGGUUCCCGACCUCCGUGUAAACAGGCCCUUACACUUUUGCAUGAGAGAUUUUAACUUUCGUCUUCUUACAUACCCGGGAUGCCAGAGAUCUUCUCGUCCACCAUCGGCGAGGCACCCAAGAUAAUCCCUACAAUUACAAUAGUCGAAGCUGAAGAACACGAUUCAGAGGUUUUUUAGCAAACAAACAAGCAAAUUAAACCAUGCGACAGUACUGCUCAAGAGGUUUCUGCAUUGGAAUGGUCUUUUCACGGAAUUUCGAACACAGAUUCAACUUAGAAGAACAUGUUCCCUCUCUGGACGGGGAAGGUUUCAUUUUUACUUUUCUGAUGCUGCACAAAGCCUGCUUCCAAAACAUCACGGAAUUUAUUGUUUCUGAAUUAUAUGGCACCCAUCAGGCACUAAAAAAUUUGUAGGCAAAAUAGAAAUGUCAAAACAGCGCCAUGGCUACACUGCUAAUUACUGAUCUAAAUUUCAUCAGGGCGGUUUAUCAGCAGUUGGGGAUUUCAAUGAUGUUCAGGUGCCUCGUUAUUCUCAAGAAGAACUUGCAUCCUGUCUUCAGUUUUACAGAAAGAGAGGCCUGCUAUCUCAAGGUACUAUCCAAUUAAUAGCAGUAAUCAUGAUAACUCAGGCCUUAUGUUGCAAAAGAAGAGAUUAGAUAGUCAGGAUUCUAUCUCUUCUCGCUUACCAGCUCCUCCCCCCUCCCCAAUCCUCAUCGCCCCCCUACGCUUUGGCUCUUGUGAAAGUUCGUGCGUUCAUGAGAAAAUGAAGAUACUGCAAAAUAGAGGACCGUACACUAUCUACUGUAGCAAAUUGUAUAUCAGUUUUAGUCCAAAAUGAGCUGCUGUCUAUCAUGUCGUAAACCAAAGUCACUUUGUUGGUUUCAUCAAUCCACAACAGUCGCAAGCGAUUACAAUAAAACGAAGCGCUGAUUUAUUAGCCAACAAAAAACCAUGGAGGUGCAAGGCUGUAGUAAUUGCUAGAUCAGUUUGAGAACUUCAUUGAAGACCGUUCUAAUCGCCUUCCUGUCAUUUAAAGUUGGUCACAGUGUUCUAUGCUUGGGGGUCUUUGCCUGAGGCCACCGUUUUCCCGUUCCACCUCCACACUUACGAAUGUGGGAGUUCCACUCAAAGCAGAUUUGAUUAAUUUUUUAAUCUUGUCUUCAUUUCAGAUGUCAAUUCUCGAUUAACAAAGGAGGUGUCUUUUCUUUCUAAUCACGAACCUAAGCUCGUUAGUGACUUGUGUAGGCUGGGCUGAAAAUUUGUAGCAAGAAAAUUAAAUUGUGCCUGUAAAUAAACCUCGUAGAAACUUAAAGUCUGCUUUUGCAUUACGCCUUGGAUGUCUUUAGUUGAUAUAAAGACGAACUUUUAGGGCUAGUUUUCGCAGGCGACUGAAUCGGACUUGUAAGCGGGGUCGAAAGAGCGCUAGCUGAGUCAUAAGCACAACAGAAUUGGAGUCGGAAGAAGAACGUUUCCAUUUUCUUCCGUAUCUGCUUAUGACCCCAUCGCUUAUGAUCUGGUGAAAACCAGACUGUUGGAGUCGGAAGCAGAAAGAUAAACCAAUCGCAAUAAUCGUUCCCACGCUUUGUGAUUGGUAGAGAUCUUCCGCUUGGGCUUGCGACUUCGACGAACCACGUAAGCGACGGAGUCGUAAGCGUAAUUAUAACGCUCUUUCAACUAGAUUGCAAUGCACCACGCUUCUGAAUACGACUCCGUCUCCGCCGCUAGUGAAAAUCAGCCUGCACUUGCCCAAAGCCAAUCUGUCGCACAUGCCGCGAGUUUUCUCACGUCCAUUGAGAACACAACUCCUACAGUACGCUGUAUUUUCUGUAUGUGUACUGGGUAUGUUUAGGGUGCCCUGUGUUUGACCGAACAUAUAAGACACAAAAAAUUGUCUAUUGCGUGGCCCAGUGCGAUCCCAAUUCGGUUGUCCUGCGUCUCAAAAACUCUUAAUUAUAGCUUUUGUUUUUUGUAGUAGUAGAGGUACGUUGACUUGCAUGCGGUUAAAAAAAAAAUGGCGAAGUUUUGAGCUUGGAGUUGGUGGGCCAAGAAGACUUAGCAAAACUGUGCAAGCUUAUCCAGUGGCGGAUCCAGGGGAGAGACCCGGGGGGCCCUUCCGCCCCUUAUUUUUAGACCAAACUGAAGCCCGAAGGGCCCAAAAAAAUUUUUUGGAGGCUGCUCUCCCCACCUUAUCUCAGGGUCUGGAUGACCGCCCCCCCCCCCCCCCCCCCCCCCUCAGGCUGCGGUGUCCCCCCCCCCUCCUCCCCCCCACACACGCAAAAAAAAAAACACAUGCCACGUUUCACUUCUUUUUUUCGGCGGAGCCCAAAAGUCAUAUAUAUUUUUUUCUUUUUUUUUUUUCUCGUUUUUUCCUCGUCUUCCUCUUUUCCAAGUGCUCCCUGCGUGGUGGCUGGGGGGGAGGGCCCGGGGGCGGCCCCCCCCCUUUUUUUUUUGCCCAACACGCGGGCCAACGGGGCCAAAAAAAUUUGUGGGGGCUGGUCCCCCCCCCUCUUCCCCAGGGGGGUGGGGCCCCCCCCCCCCCCCCCCCCCUAUCUGAAGGUCUGGAUCGGCCACUGUUAUCAGUGCACGCAAGAGCUAAACAAAUAGGCAUUGUCGCACUUCUAACUUGCUUUGACCGGGGAAUCGCAAUAAAUCUCUUACUUUACUUUCGUUCUGUGACACAUUUUCGCCGGCUUCCUUCCUAUUCAAACCCUACUUAUAACAUUCGAAUUAACCGUAAAAUUAAUUCUCAAUACUGAUUUCGAGUAUGCAAUGGGUAAACAAGUCAGAAUGAAAAGAAACUAGUUCGCUGGCAAGAGCAAUAGCAGGGCCUAACUCUCAGUCUACCGCUCCGUAGCCCGUUCAGUAGUUUUGGAAAUCAAACGUUUAUUUUUAGAUCUAUGGCUCCGUGUGCGACCACCUCCCGUAAGCGACCACCUGCCAUAAGCCACAAACAUCCAAAACACCACAUUUUUCCCAGUCAAAGCCCUGUAGUUGGAAGCUCUCGUUAGCGAGCACCUCGUGUCAGAAAAUGGAAACGUUCUGAAACGACCACCUCGUGUAUAUAAGCGACCGCGACAACGUUUCGGGUUGAUGGAAUAAAAAUUUUUCAUUUUUUUUAACCUCUUGACUCACGGUCUGAUCUCUAUUUUCGCUGUGUGUACUAUGCUACUUACAAUAUAAGAACUUUUAGCGACAACAUGGAACAACACAUAUCGUAACUAAGCAAUUGCAUGCAAAAAAUUAUCUUCCAUAAAGUAGAUGUGUCCGGACCUCACAGACGAAACCUCCUGUGGUUCUAUUCUUGUAAACGACCACCUUCCGUAAGCAACCACCAAGUUUUUGGGUGGCUGCUUACGGGAGGUUCGAGUUUAAUGAUAAUACACAAACAGAUAACGAAUCCGACACUCAAUUUGAGUAUCGAAUAAUGUUUCUUCUCUCUGCUUUUUUGGACACUCUGUCUGUAUGGAGUUGGGUCCCAAAAUUUGUCACUUGACAGUCAAGCUAUUGAGAGAUUCGAGGAGAUGAUUAAUUGUUUAGCAGUGCAGAAAUCAAAACUAUUGCUUCGUUUUUUGUCUUGUGUCAAAUGGGGUGGGCCAAAUUCUCGACAACUGUAAAGUUAUUGUUAACCUAAUGCUUUGUUGGCGAAGUAAUUAAUUAAGACUUAGGUUUGUUGACAUUUCAUUGACCAACCUAAAUAUGGGGGUGUUUUUUGUUUAAUUUUGGUUUAGAAACAAAGUUUUGAUAAAAUUUCACAAAAGUACCCUUGUUCACCAUCGGUUGGUGAUCAUCCUCGGCUUUCUUUUUUCGCAUAUUUCAUAUUUAUUCAUCAAUUCGAACAACAUGCAAUUUGUCCGCGAUAAAAUAGAUCUUUCUUAUUGGCAGUGGUAAUUAAAAAACACUUCGUAAUCAACCUUGCAUUGCGCGCAGUUAUCUUAAAAUUGAAUUUACUUACGUAAAUGUAAGGGAAGUCAAACAAUAGACAUCUCUGCAAUUAGUUCCCUAGCGGUCGGGCAAAUGUAAACAAAAUCCCUUCUGUUAGUAAACUUUUAUACUUCCAGGUAUAUAUCUUGAAAAUGGUUUAGAUGGUUGGAGGUUUUCUCUCGCGUUCUACAAAUAUGAUUUCUUUUAUCUGACAGUUGUCUCAGUGAUGCGUGGCAAGCAAAGACUGAUGAUUGGGGAUGAUUAAUUCAAAUUAAAUUAUUUAAUCUCACCAAAGUCUUUUCAAAAUGCUAAUGCGUAGUUAUUUGAAGAAGUUUACGCUCUAGUAAUUUACAUUUCGUAAAGGAACCAAGAUAAUCGCGCCAAAAAGAACACAAGUUUAUUUAAACCACGACAUAGGUGGUUUACAAAGAAUCUCUCUUGCGACCUAAGGGCAACAGUGAGAAAGAGGGACUCUAAAAACGUCGCUACAAAAUUUCUCUUAACGAGGAAGUAUAUUUAUUGAGGACUUCAUAUUGGAGCUGUUUAUCACGAAGAUCAUAUCUUAUGCUGAUCUGUUUGUGCCUGAUCCUUUUACAAGUUGAUUACAGAAAGCUUCUUUUCACUGUCUUUGCCCCUAGCGUUUGCGACGAGCACAAAUAGAAUUUAGAGGCAAGUGUUUGGUUUAUUUUUUGAGGUUUUUGGUGUACCUAUUGCCGCCUGGAGCCUAAGAUUACAACUUAUAAUCUGCUGUUUUCAUCCACAGAUCCGUAAACAGCUGGAGCAGUCUUUGCAGCAAGAAGUCGGCGGGACACUAUGAAAAGAUGAAACCCGACAUAUCUAGCGCGAGACGUCCUUGUCUGAUGUUCAUCUUGCUGGUGGUGGUGUUAGCUUCUUUGAGAUUUGAAAGUAAGUAAUUUGAUAAAAUCACAUGAGUAGACUUAGUUAGAGUACUAAGGCCCGUGUGAUCCUUUGGUUUACAUACUAUAUGUACAUUAUGAGUACUUAUGUUGUUAUAGGGAAACCUGUUUGCCAACAUCUUGUAGGCCAUUUCCAGUAUUGAAAUGUUUCGAGAAAUAUUCAUACGCAGAAAAAUAUAUUGUACAUGUACCUAUAUUUGUGAGUGCGAAUAUACCGUAACGCUCAGUAUUGAUGAAAGCACUUAAAUUUUUCAGCUUUAGACACAUAAUCGCGAAUAGAAAGCAACGCAAGAAUUAAGGAAGACAAUUUUGCAAGGAAUUAAAGUUCAAGACUUGAAUGUGCCAGGUGUUAAGACUGGUAGCAAUUUUUUCCUCUUUACUUGCUUAAACAACCUGUCACCAUUUUCCGCAAUGUCUUGAAAGGUUUGGACACCGUUUUACUGAUAAUGUAAAAGCUUCGCCAUUUGUUACUUUAUAUGUAGUCUCCGUUGUCUCAAUUCCGCUGUAUCAUUGUCUUGAGGUGCUAAAGAGGUGUUAAAAUUUAGUUACGUAAUGGCUCGUUUAACAGUUCAAAACCCUACCCAACAUAAAUUCAAUACAAAAAAACUUUCUCUUUUUUCUGAGGGUAUUAUAUAUUCAAAAGAAGACGGCAAACAUCAAGAUCCAACAGUUGAAGUAUAUGAACAACUCAUUUAAUAAAACUCUACAGGUUAGCUUUGUAUCAAGACUACUAUUCUCCGCGAGAAUUCUUCUGCUAACAGCUGUAGGAAGGGUAGUAAAUCCUCGCGAACAGCCUGUCACUUGGAGGACCAUACCCCCAUGGACAAAUUUGCUUUUUAUAUGCCUUCUUUUAAACUGUUCUCUCAAGACUAUUACAUUCAAUGUAUAUUUUGCGAAUAAUUCAGUGUAGGUAAAACUACUGUCUCGCAUGGCUGCCUUGUGUUAUAUUGGCCAUUGAAAUGAUCUUCCACCAGCAUUUUUACUCGGAGACAGGAUCAAUAUCGCUUAAACCGGACCGUUUUGCGAGUUAUCUGAUAGAGAAACCAGCGUACAUGUGAUGGUUUAGACUGCUUCUGAUGAUCAUUUCUCCUUUAAUUAAAACACGACAGAUUUUAUUUCCUUCACAAAGCGGUACAGCUUUGAAGAUGCAAUUCAAACGAGCCUUUUGGCAAGUUGUUUUGACGUUACUAGAGGGUUGCUAGGAAACAAAAAUUUUUAUAAAAAAUUAAUUGUAGCUCGCUUUUUUUAUCCAUCUCCUUCCUAGAAUUAAAUCAACCUUUAAAAAACUGUUUUGGGAAUUUAGGAUAUAGUAAGCGUAUUAAAGGUUUACUGUUUUAAUCCUGGAUAAGGGUUCUGUUGUGUAAGAUUAAAACAUCUGUCUAGCGUUAACGCACAUUGAGAAUAAGAUUCGUGAGAAAUCGUGAGCAUUCUGGCCCAGAGUACAGACAACGAAUUGAGUUUACUAGGGUCCUGCCGGUUCAAAGUAAUUUACCGAAACUUCGAAUAAAUUUAAAAGCAAUAAAAGAGAUUGAAUGUUUGGCCAUGGUUGAAAGGGCUGAUAUAGAAAUUAGUUAAUUUCUUGACGGGCAGUCAUUACUGUAUUUUUCCGUGCGCGAUAUCGGUUAUCUUUAUCACUGAUCGUUUUCACCUUGAAUCAGGAGCACCCAACGACUGUUUUCUGUAAAAUAUCCGUUCGGAGGAGCAAAUAUGGCCUAGAAUUUUCUAUUGCUUGAAAAAUGCUUAAAAUUUCUGGAAGACCUUUCCAUUCAUGUUUAAUUUUCGAAGCUUAUCUAAUACUUUUCCUUACGACUUUAUGAAGUUUAGUUUUUCACGUUUCAUUACUCAGGUUUGGCUAUUUUUCAUACAAAAAAAGGAAACCUAAAAUUUUCGAAUUAAAAAAUGUGAUGGAGAGAGGAAUCAGAAAAAUUCUCACUUUCGUAAAACGAUAAUUUGCAUUUUAAAUUUUCGGGAAACUAAUACUGAAGCCCUUGUAACAUCGAAAAGACUUAAGUUCCCCUAGGAUGACCAACCAGACAGAAAUUUUAUAGCGCCGCUUGGAAUGCAUUUCUAAAGAUCUAAAAGUACUCUGGAUAGUCUAAAAAGUGUUUUAAUGUAUUUUGGAGGAGACGGUCGAUGGGUACUGUUGUUGAAUACGCGCUUUAAAACGCAAGUCAGUCGCACAAGAAGUUAUCCGUGCGUUUGACCGCAAGCGCAACGGUGAAUGAGAACCGCGUAAAACUAUCACAUAUGACGAACCUAAACACUGAUGAACAAGAACAAUAGUUAGGUUCCGCUUAUGUGAUGUCCGACGUUUAAUACAGGCCCGUGUCAGCAAUGUUUAGUUUUCCUGUUCCAGAGUAUUAGUAUAAAUAUAAGUCUGUCGCAGCGUCUAUUUUCAAGCUUAUAAACUGCACUAUGUUUCAUGCAACGUACGAGAAUAAGGAGGGUUCCCACACUGUAUCCCUGUAUAAAAAAAUACAUAAAAUAAAAUAAAUAAUUAAAUAACGAUUUGGAGGUAGCACAUCCACAUAGUGGUUCUUCGUCUACCUGAUUCCUGGUCGAAUUGGAAUUAGGACAACGCAUAAACAUCAUUUAACAUAUAAAUGUUCAUGAUUCUGUUCAUGUGUUAGGAUUUAGUUGCCAUUUAACUGCACUUCAAUUCUUGUUUGCUCCCGAAUUGUGGCAGGCACUCAUUAGCCUGCAUAACAGGCGCUUUGCGAGCCAAGUGAGGCGAACGCGACAUUUUGCGCGAAGCUCGAGACGAGCACGAUUUUUUUAUUCUCCCCUUGUCUCGCGCCUUCCGCUCGUUUCGCGCAAAAUGCCGCGUUCGCCUCUUUUGGCUUACAAAGCGCCUGUUGUACAGGCUAAUUUUACUACACUUCAAUUCUUGUUUGCUCCUGAAUUGUGGCAGGCACUCAUUUCAGGCGCUGCUCUGUUAUCCUUUCUCUCAGUUCGAGAUUGAUGAAACGCAUUUUUUUCUAGUAUUAUAAACUUAAAAGUUGCUCUAACAAUCCGCAAACUUCAGCUCAUCCUCAGGGCAAAAAAUUGUUUAACUCACAAGUGACGUAAAACAAACAAAAUAAAGAAGUCAACACAAUAGAAACUAGAAAAAAAAGUGGAAAACAAAGAAAAAGGUUCUUUCACCGAGGUAAACCCCAAAAUUCAACGAAAAUCCAAGGUCAUUUGUCAAAUAGGGAUAGUACAACAUGAACGUACCGGCCAGGAGAUUUGAUUUGGAAAGUCAACUACAGAGGAUUUCCUUAUUCUGUUCACUCGUUGGGUUGCUCGUGAUGCACUUGACGGUCCUGAAGGGAUUGCUAUUGCUUCUUAAAUUGGAAGUACGGUCGUGGGGGGCGAACAUUUGAGGAACUGUGGUUCGUUUCCUCCAGCCUCUUCGUCACAUCUUACACUUGGACUGCAAACUCCAAAGGAACUACUAUAUUGUAUCAGUCCAGACGAAUUGUAUGCAUCUGCACGUGGACAAAAUUUUCAUAUUUUAACUUUUUCAGUCUAGUAGCUUGAAAAAUAAAAUGGAGGUUCUUUAUUUCGACCUCCUUAUUUUGGCUUGAAAAAUUGCUGUUACUGAACUGAAUCCUGACUGAAAUUUUAAUUGUUGUUAAUUUUCCCUCGAAGGCUCUCACGCUCAGACAAAUCAAACAAAGAUCGAGCAAACUCUCAUCAAGGCUUUGUUUAAAAAUUACGACUCUGAAGGAAGACCAGUCUUGAACCUGUCGGAACCUGUUUUGGUGAAGUUUGGAAUAGCAUACAGUAACCUUCACAGUUUGGUAAGUGUCUGCUUCUUCGUUCAACCUCACUCAAAUCCCGGUUUACAAUCAACAGCUAGAAGUCAGGAAGUUGUCAUGAGUAUUUAGGCAACCAGGCUAUCCUUUUCCAAAGUUUGCUUGUUUGCUAGUAUCAUGGUGUUUUCCUUAUUUAUAGCAAGAGAGGAUCCUCUCUUGUUUAUAGUUAUUUGUAACUUUGGUAGUAAAAAAGAGUACCAGCGGCGAGACGAUUAUGUUUAAAAAUGAUAGAAAUAUAUUCAGUCACCUAAACAUGUGUUUCAGUGGCAGUGAUCUUGCUUUAUAAUUUAGAAUUGUUGUUUUUCACAUUCCACUAUUCGACUGCCUCAAAUUAAGAAGUCAGCGUUGUUGAGGCAUACCUAGAAAAAUUUUAAAACUCAAUGUACUAUUCGGAUGCUUCUUUUUCUUCCCCCCCCCCCCCCCCCCCCUCUCUACCGCCACCUUCCUUCCUUCUAUAUUUGCUUAAAUGACUUUGACUGCGAUCUGAGAAGAGAAAUUGGCAAAAGUAACCCCGCUGCUAGUUAGCUUGAUACUUUACCAAUAUGUUGUAGAUUUACCAAAUACGUUGGAAGUUACCAAAAGAAUCCUUUCAAUAGAAACUAUGUAUUGGGUGUCUCCAUCAUGGCAAACCUUUAUUUUGGCGUUGUGGGUGGUUUAUUGGUUGUUUUGAGAAACAUAAAAACUGUAGACUUUUUGGCGACGUUUUUUAAAAACAAUCUUAAUCGGAAGCGAAGCAUUUUAACGCAAAGAAUCUCAUUAUCUUAGCAAAAUCUAUCCAGGUUACUAACCAAUCUCUGUAUACAUUCUUGCCCAUGUUCCUACUUCAUGCCCAAUUAAAACUCAGAAAAAUAAAGCAAAAUGCCUGAGCUAUUUGACCACACCCAUCAAUCAUUAAAUUACACUUUGGCGGCCGUGUUUCCUAGAUUUUCACCUGUUUUGGAAAGCCUCGCUAUGAGAGUUACGCAUUUUGAACUUUAGGCUUGUUCCAGACUCUUAACUUAUUCAUUCGAAUCCUUAAAUUAAAAACCUUUCUGUUUCACCUGUAUGUAGCUUCAGGUGUUGCCUUAAUGAAAACACUUUUGCCUUAACUAGUUGCAAAAAUAUAUUCAGCGCAGGCAAGAAGAAGGUCCCUUUUUUGGACUAAAACAUAUUUUAUCAAAAAUAAUCGAAAGAGUGCUGUCAUUUACGUACACAAAAAUAACAGAAAAAAUAACUGAAUAGAAUGGCCGUAAUCAAUUUGUUUCGCCGGUGGGUGCCAGCCCUAAUUUAUGAUCAAUUUAGUCAUACUUUCCGUUUUUUUUUUUUUUAAUUAAAUGUCGUUUCCUGGUUAUUAUUCUUACAAGCUUUACUGUGUGUUAUCUGCGUGACUUUCCUGUUUUGUAGGUCGAUCAAAUGAAUCUAAUUUAGUGAAGCCCUAGGAGGCAUUUUUACUGCAAUGAAACAAAAACAUCUCUUGUUGAUGCAUUUGCUGUUCAAAGGCAAAGUGUAAAUUAACUGUAAAGAAUUAGCACCCCUACUCAAAGACGUUCCCGCCUUCUCUAAAAUAUAGACCACACUUUCUAUGGGUUUACCGGCACAAUAAACCAUACGCGCGUACUAUCUUAUUUAUUUUAUAAAUAUGUAUAUGUACACGAAAAAUACUAUUGACCUCUAUAAUGGUCGGGUUGUCGAACACCGUGGGGAGGGGGCACUCAAGAAGUUUUUAUACGGCGAGUCUCCGCCCCCCGAGGUCCAAUCCCUCCCCUUUUACAUGCCAUUUUUAACAUAGAAGGUAUCCCUUUUGUAGUUCUGUUGACAAACAAUACCCCUUUUAAGUAACUAGUUCAGAACUCUGUAUCCCAUUUAACUGCCGUAAAUGUACCGUCGUUUAAAUAUAAAUAAAUCACAAAACACAAAGGAGAAAAAUGAAUGAUCAGAGAAAGUAUUCCCAAUGUAAAUACCCUCUUUUAUCUUUCUUAGGAUGAGAAAAAUCAAGUUUUAACAAGUAACGUGUGGAUAAGACAGGUUGGUCAAGUAAACUUGGAAGCUAACAGACAAUUAAAUCGUAAAUUACAUAGCUUUCGUCGUUUCUCUGGAACUGAUUUGGGAUAUGUAUCGAUAAAAGCCGAUCUCAGAAAUUUACCUCAAAAAUACUGCAAAAUAUUUGUCGGCAUGCGAUUUUCUUGAAUUUAAGUGGGAUUCAUUGAAAUCAGUUUUGCAAUAAUCUAUUUAUUCCAGUCAAAUCGAAUUUUCAAAUAUUAUUGCUGAAUAAUAACCAAGAGUUUUCCAAAGAUUAUCUAGCCAUGGUCAUAAAACCGAAAAAGUUAUGGGUCAAACCUUGUCAUAGAUAGAUCACUCUACCUUUAGUAAUAAAAAAGGCCUCAUUAAAUGGCCAUCUGCGUGAGAGGCAAUUUUAGAGGUGGACACUUUUGCCAGGCGAACUUAGUAACGGGAUUCUACGAUUCCUCUUCAACAAACUAUAUUUUCGUACCCUUCCUUUACAUCUGGGGCAAGGCGUUGUCACGGACUAGUAUUCCAUUUAAGGGGUUGGUGCGAGGGUCGCAUAAAGGCGCCUUAUACCAUCCAACCAGUUGGCGCACCGUGGCUCAGUUAUAACUCUUAACUUUUUAUUGUUAAUCAUUGCAGCAAUGGCACGAUCCGUGGUUGUCUUGGGAUCCUGCAAAGUACAAUGGACUUAAGUCCAUCAACAUCAGUCCUAAUUUGGUUUGGAAGCCAGACAUUAUUCUUUAUAACAGGUUAGGAAACGCACAUGUCUAUUGUAUAUUGUCGAAUACGCGCUGCAGACAUGCAAGGUAAGGUUAGGUAAGGCUGAGGGCUGCUCAUUCCGUGUCCAAAAGAGCAUUUUUUGGAAGUCGAAGGCAGAAGCUGGUCAUCCGGAUUCAAAGAAGCAAUUAUUUUAGUAGAAUACGAGGUAUUUUUACUAUUAAUAUUGUAUGCUUAUAUUGGCAUUUUUUUCUUUCAAAGCGAAAACUCAUAAGAGUUGAUUUGUAACUUCUUUGCAUUGGUUAGAAGAUUAUUGUUUCGAGUUCGCGGUUAGUUUGUAACGGGUGCUCCACUAUUAGGAUCGGCUAAAUCUAUAUAUUAUUAUUUCCCACAGCGUCAACGAAGAAGGAGAUCACGGUGAACAGUACCUAUUCGACACCAAAGUUAUCGUCAGCAGUGAUGGAACAGCCACGUGGUUCUCUCCUAAUCUCAUCCAAAGCUCCUGCAAAAUCAAUGUCCGAUAUUUUCCUUGGGAUACACAAACUUGCAAACUCCAGUUCGGCUCGUGGACAUUUGACGGGUUAAAACUUGACAUCGUUUUCUAUGGAGAUGCUCCAAGGGCAGAUCUAAGCUCGUUCACUCGGAAUGGAGAAUGGAACCUACUGUCGGCUGAGGGGAAGAGAAACGUUCUUUACUAUAGUUGUUGCCCAGAACCUUACCUUGAUCUCACGUUCGAAAUCAAAAUCCAACGACGAACCUUGUUUUACAUAAACAACUUGGUUGUUCCUUGUAUUGUUUUGGCACUUCUCACAGCAACAGCGUUUCUGUUUCCGCCGGAAACGGGCGAAAGAAUCUCGCUGAUGAUCACUAUUCUAUUGGGAAUGACUGUAUUUAUGAUUGUAGUGGUGGAAGCCAUACCCUCCACAUCCGAAGGCACCCCACUUAUCAGCACUUACUUCUCUGUGGUCAUGGUGGUGAUUUCCUUGGGUCUCCUGUGCACGUGUCUCUGUCUCAACCUUGAACACCAUCACCCUAAAAUGGAGCUAACCGGUUGGUGCCGGUAUAUCCUGUUUGACUUGAUGGGACCUGUUUUGAGCAGGAGCUCGGUGAAGAGACUCAAAAGAAAACAACAGGAAUACAACAGAGAAAUUAAACUCAGCACAUGUUAUUUGAAAGAAAACCAAGUCGCACCAGAAGAAGAUAAAAUUGCUAUGACCGGUGUUUCGCAGACCGAAAUUAAGAACGUGAAAAUGGUCGAGAAAGAAAUAAAAGUCGCGGGCAUGGAUAAAGUGACCAAGUUCAUCGAUAAGUCGUUAUCUGAAGACAGAAGAAAACUGGAAUGGCACAUUGUCGUGAACAUAAUUGACAAUUUCUUUUUCGUUGUUUUUGUUCUUACUAUUACGGUUUCCUCGCUGAUAAUUUUGAUGCCGAACACCGACAGCUAAAAGCAGAUUGUUUUUAAUGAUUAUCCAUGUACGCAGGGUUUUUAGUAACAAAGGCGUGGUGUUUAGACGACGAUUUAUAAAUCUUCAAUUUAUUAGGCAUAUUAUAUAUUAGCCCACCCUCACCGCUCGCUCGCACAAGGAAGCUCCCGAUUACCGUAACAUCGUCAUCGUCAUCGUCACCAUCAUCAUCAUUAUCGUCAUCAUCAUUACCAUCAUCAU